CAAAGUCCUAUCAGUAAAGAACAAUCUAGUGGAGAAGCAGACACACACACAUGCUGUAUAGACAACAUCGAAGAAGAUCUCUUCAUACUGUACAUCCUUCUGCAGCCACAUGGCGAACCUAAGUGUGCUCUGCCUCUUGGUGUCACUGCUUCACCUGGCUCCUCUCCAGGCCUGCAGAGUAGGGAAAAAGGAGGAAUGUGACAGAGCCCCUUUUGUUCCCGGACACAAUCUGGUUGGUGAGGGUUUUGAUGUGGUAACGCUUCAGCGCAAAGGUGCUUACGUCACUGACUUGCAGACCUACCUUACCCCUACCAACACCUGUACGCUGUGUUCCAAUCGUCUCAUGGGGAACCAGGCGCAGAAAAUGCCCCUGACCGUGCUGGACUGGAGACCCUCCAGUACUUGCAGACAGAGUCUGUCCAGCUUCUUUUUUAACUCUGUUAGCUCACUGUUAGCAAGCUCCUCCUUAUCCAUUACAAAUGACUGGAAAGUGGACCUGGGUCUACAAAGAGUUGCUGACCAGCAACUUGCGGGUAGUCAGUCUGCCGAGGUAAUUUUUGCCUCCUCUCAACAACAAGAAGACAAAACCUCGUUCAUCACCCAUCAGCUUACCUGUUCUCAUUACCGUUACCGUGUCCCUUGGGUACCUCCUCUGAGUCCAGAAUUUCAUCAACAUGUCAAGUCUCUUCCACACAAAUAUUCCAAUGACACCGCCUACUUGUACAGGCACUUUAUUGAUACCUACGGAACACACUACAUCCACCAGGUGAAUCUUGGUGGGAAGUUUAAAAGAGUAACGUCCAUCCGUACCUGCUUGUCCACUUUAAACCAGAUAUCUGCUACCCAGGUGGAGAACUGCCUGAGUGCUGGCCUCUCAGUCGGUCUUGGUCAAGUAGAAGCCUCUGUAUCCAGUGACAGCUGCAGAAAAGUGCUAAACAAUCAGGACAGUGUGACAGGGUACACUCAGGGAUUUCUGAACCACAUCACUGAGGUUUCGGGUGGAAAUAGGUGGUCAGGGGUGUUUUCCAUGACCCAAAAUGACUCAGAGGGGUUUCAUAGGUGGCUGAGUAGUAUCAAGAAGAACCCAGAAAUCGUGUCCUACUCCAUACGUCCACUUCAUCACCUGGUGAAGAGCACCACCGUGAGACUUAACCUUCAGAGGGAGAUCAGAGCAUAUGUUCAAAAGAAUGGACUGCCAAAGGAGCCGGAACCCCAAACAUGUGGCUUUGAUCAUCCCAACCUCUCCCCAAACUGCUGCCCCCUGCAUACACACAGAGGCUGGCUCACCGUGACGGUGGCCAGGGCCUGGGCUCUGCAUGGGAAACUAUUAGGGCCUCCAGAGGGCUACGUUAAAGUCUUCUAUGGUGGCAUCGAGCAAAGGACCGCAUGGAUCAAGUCUUAUGACCCAAUAUGGCACGCACAAUUUAGCUAUGGACACGUUGACACAACACAACAGCUUUCGCUCCAGGUUUGGGUCAAAGGCUGGUGGUGGAAAGAAGAUCACUUAGGAGGUUGUGUAGUAUCCAUACAAAGAGGAAAUCAUUACCAUGACUGCUGGAUGAACCAAGGUGUUUUCUCAUAUUCAUACAGCCUUCAAUGUGAUCCACAUCUGAUUGGUCCUAAGUGCAACAUGUACUGGCCUAUUCCAUGAAAUGGACGGACUUAUUUUGAUCUGUUUUUGAUCCUGUCAUUUAAUUAAUCAUUCAUUCAUCAGUCAUUCAAUCAUUCAUUUAACCACCAAUUGCCAUUUAUGGCUAUACAAAUUGUGUCUGAUUUGAACUGAAACUAAAAGCCCUAAUUGAUACCUUUCAACAAUGUCAAUGACAAACGACAAAUUUGUUAAUGAACAUUAUUUGAGCAAGGUCAUGAUAUUUGGAAGUGAUUAUUGAAUGUAGAUAGAUAGAUAGAUAGAUAGAUAGAUAGAUACUUUAUUGAUCCCCAAGAGGAAAUUCAAGCUGAAUGUUGUCUGUAUUAAAGCAAUUUGAAAGUAUCCACAUCAAACUUCACAAAGUUAGCCUAUAUUGUGAAUGUGUAAAAUGUUCUGAAAAAUAGACAUAGCACUGAGAUAAGUAUGCAAAUGAAAGCAACUAAAUAGACAGUCCAUUAUAGCAAUGCAACAGUGACCUCUUCAGUUCUAAAUAUUUCUUGCAGCACAAUGUUGCAUGAGGUAAAAGUUUAAUUUAGGCCUGCAGUUCCUUUUCUGAAAGCGUAAAUGUUAACAGUGAUUCCACUAUCUCUGAAACCAUUAACACUUGUAUCAAAAGUGUGCCAACCUGAAUGCACAUUAUUUUAGCUUUUGUUUCAUAUCACUACUUAGCCCUACUAGGCAACACCUACUGUACUAGCCAAUUCCCUGAAAGUAUUAACAUGGACAUAUCUAAGCAUUUAUUAUGUAUCAAAGGUCAAAAUCCCUAUGCACAGCUCUUCUUACUCCAGGUGCUGAUGGUGUGCAGUAUACAGUAACUAUUGAAAAGUCAAAGAGUAUACAUCACACACUGGAGGGUAUAUUUUGCUGACUUUAUUUGGCGUGAACAACGCGUUUCGCAAGUUGCUUCAUCAGGUUCACGUUCACAGUCAAUCUGACACCCGCAGGUGAAAUAGGUGGUAACAUCAUCACAUGACCACACCAGACCCAGUGAGAGUACUCCACACUCUAACACACCAGAAAAUACAAUCAAUACAUCAUCAAUUCAAUAUCCUGCAUAUUUUGGCUUGCAUAUAGGCCUACAUAUACACAAUUUAUGUCAUUUAAGCAUAUAUGUAUCAAAAAGCAUAUUGCAUGUUCAAACAUUUUUUUUUAUUUUUUAUUUCAAUUUUAAUUUCGGUCAUUACCCAUAUCAACCAACAAUUCAUUUACAUAGAAAAAUACAAAAAUAUACUCGAGUUCAUGCAACUGCAAAAGUUGUUUGAUUAAAUUACCUCCUCGUGGUUGAGGUUUGAUCCUCUCAAUACCUAUGAACUUAAGGGUAGUGGCUGGUCCAUGACUCUUAUCUCUGUAAUGCCUUGCAACUGCAUAAUCAAAGUUACCAUUUCUGAUUGCUACGUUAUGUUCCGCAAUUCUUAAUUUUAAAUUGCGUUUAGUUUGGCCUAUGUACAUUAGUCCACAAGGACAUUUUAACAUAUAUAUGACGUGAGUUGAGAGGCAAUUAAUAAAAUCUUUAAUUUCAUAUUUCUUGCCAGACUGGGGGUGACUAAAAGACUUUGUGUCAAAUGUAUUUGAACAAUGUGCGCAUUUCCCACAUCUGUAAUUGCCAUACACCUGUUGAGCAAGCCAAUUCUUCCUGGGGGGUUCCUGAAAUGUAGAGCUGACCACCAUCUUUAAUGUUUUUGCCUCUUUUAAAACAAAAUCGAAAUGUCAAGAAAAUGUAUUUUGUCACAACUAUGUUCCAUAGUGAAGUGCAAAGAUGGAUGAGUACCAUUGAUGUAAUCAUUAAACUACAACAAUUGAUCUUCAGAACCCACGAAUAUUACCAAAAUGUCAUCAAUAAAAUGCUUAAAAAACA